AGCUUUGACAGUCAGUUCGCUAAAGGGGAGAACCGAUCCUCUUCCUGGCACAGCGGCCGGUCCAUUGGCGGGCGGCCGUUGCGAAGCAUGGAGGAGGCGGCCGAGCCAGCUGGAAUUGCGCAACUCCUACAGGCGCAGCGGGUCUUGCAGCGAUACCUCGACAAGACGGUGGUCUGGGUCAGGGUCCGAUGGUCGAUCUUCGUCGUACUGUUGCUCUUGUUUGCUGCCAGAGUCUACAUCAAGCAGGGCUUCUUUGUAGUUUCGUAUGGUCUUGGAAUCUACAUGUUAAAUCUUUUCAUCAAUUUCCUGUCACCUGCAGUGGAUCCAGACACAGAAGAGACCAGCUUGCCAAUGAAGGAAUCCACGGAAUAUCGGCCGUUUACUCGCAAGCUGCCAGAGUUCAAGUUCUGGUGGAGUGGAGCCCGCGCCACCGCGGUGGCUUUGGGCAUGACUUUUAUCCCAUUCUUUGAUUUGCCGGUCUACUGGCCCAUCCUCUUAGCCUAUUUCAUCUUGCUUUUGGCUCCUUGACGGGUAACACUUUUCUCGACUCCGAGGUGGCACCCAAGAGCUGUGUCUGCGCUCAGCGCCCAGGUUUUGACCAUGAAGGACCGAGUGAAGCACAUGAUUAAGCACAAGUAUGUGCCCUUCAACUUUGGGAAGCAGACAUAUGGCGAGCUGUCAAAGGUGAAGGUGCCUGGUGGUGAGAAGAAUGACAAAUGACAUUUGGGCCGACCAGAUUGAUGUCGGGGGCGUAGUGAGUUCCCGUGGCGGGGCACCGUGCUCAAAGGCAGUCGCCGCUCGCCGAAGCUACUCUUGAUCCCAUGAGCGACACAUGGGAGUGACACAAAUGUCACAAGGUACAGAAGAAGUCUUUUUAGUGCUUGUAUCUUUUUUAAAAGUCCUCACACGUUUGUUGGAUCAUAGAGUGC